AUGAAGCUUGUGGGUCUGAUUACAUUUCUAGCGAUCGUGAUCCAACAAUGCUACUGGGAGCUGCGAGUAGAAGCGUUGUCGAGCGAUGGGUUCGUGAGAACGAAAGGUGUUCAGUUUAGUCUGAAUGGGUAUCCAUAUUACGCUAAUGGCUUCAAUGCCUAUUGGCUCAUGUACGUAGCCUCCGAUCCAUCCCAAAGGCCUAAGAUCUCCGCCGCAUUUCAAGAAGCUUCUCGCCAUGGAUUGACCGUUGCUCGAACAUGGGCGUUCAGCGACGGCGGUUACAGGCCUCUCCAGAGUUCCCCUGGCUCUUACAAUGAAGAUAUGUUUCAGGGUUUGGAUUUUGCGAUAGCAGAAGCACGAAAGCAUGGUAUAAAGAUAAUACUAAGCUUUGCAAAUAACUACGAGAGCUUUGGAGGGAAGAAGGCAUAUGUGGAUUGGGCUAGAAGCCGAGGCCGUCCCGUCUCUUCUGAAGACGAUUUCUUCACAGAUUCUCUUGUUAGAGAUUUCUACAAGAACCAUAUCAAGGCUGUGCUGAACAGAUUCAACACCUUCACCAAAGUUCAUUACAAAGAUGACACAACCAUUAUGGCCUGGGAGCUCAUGAACGAACCUCGUUGCCCCUCAGAUCCAUCCGGACGAACCAUUCAGGGUUGGAUUAGUGAAAUGGCUGCUCAUGUGAAAUCAAUAGACAGAAACCAUCUGCUUGAAGCUGGCCUCGAAGGUUUCUACGGUCAGUCUUCACCUCAAAGCAAUACUCUUAACCCACCAGGCCAGUUUGGCACUGACUUCAUCGUCAACAACCAAAUUCCCGGCAUUGAUUUCGUCACCGUUCACUCUUACCCGGACGAAUGGUUCCUUGACUCGAGCGAGCAAUCCCAAAUGGAAUUCUUAAACAAAUGGCUCGACGCACACAUCGAAGACGCUCAGAACGUUCUUCACAAACCAAUCAUUUUAGCAGAAUUUGGUAAAUCGACGAAGAAAGCAGGCUAUUCUCCGGCGCAGAGAGACAUGGUCUUCAACACCGUGUACACCAAGAUCUACGGAUCCGCGAAAAGAGGAGGCGCAGCAGCUGGAGGAUUGUUCUGGCAACUUCUGGGCAACGGGAUGGAUAAUUUUCAAGAUGGUUAUGGGAUCAUACUCAGCCAAAGCUCUUCCACGGUUAACGUCAUUGCUCAGCAGUCUCGGAAGUUGACUCUCAUUCGCAAAAUCUUCGCGAGGAUGAUCAAUGUUGAGAGAUGGAAGAGAGCCAGAGCCACCAGAGCCAGAGCCCAGGGAUCAGUAAGAAGAGGAGGUCACAAAAUUCAAAACUGA